GUCUCUGUGCAAAGACAGGUACAUCGGUCUGCGCUUGGUUCAAAUUAUCCGUCAUCAUGAGGCAAUGUUUCUGGAAAGGAAGUGGUGACCUAUAUUGACCCGGAAUUGGACGCCAAAUCCGAGCGAUUCUAUCGUAGGAGUAAACAUGGAGGACAACGGCGGUGAAGAUCCUGUUAAUAACAACAAUAAUACAACGGUAUCUUCGGAGGGAUCUAUUAUUAAGGUUACAGUCAAAACCCCGAAAGAUAAGGAAGAAAUCGCCAUCUCGGAAGAUGCCUCGGUCACUCAGUUUAAGGAGGAGAUCUCGCGGAGGUUCAAAGCCAAGCAGGAUCAGUUGGUUCUGAUCUUUGCAGGGAAGAUCCUGAAGGACGGGGACUCACUCAACCAGCACGGCAUCAAGGACGGCCUGACAGUACACCUGGUCAUAAAGACGGCACACAAGGCAGGAGAUGGCGCUAGUUCCUCCACCUCCUGCACCUCCCAGGUGGGCAGCAGUAGUGGCAGCUCCUCGGGCCCCAGUUCUGCAGCCCACUCCUCCACAGUAGGGUCCACUGGAGGCCCGGCCUCGGCACCCCCACAGACCCCCAACAUACUGACCGGGUUUGGUGACCUGUCCAGUCUGAGCAGCAUGGGCAUGGGCUCAGCUAACUUCAUGGAGCUGCAGCAGCAGAUGCAGAGCCAGCUGAUGUCCAACCCAGAGAUGCUGUCUCAGAUCAUGGAGAACCCCCUGGUGCAGAACAUGAUGUCCAACCCAGACCUGAUGAGGCAGAUGAUUGUGGCCAACCCUCAGAUGCAGCAGCUGAUGGAGCGCAACCCCGAGAUCUCCCACAUGCUCAACAACCCUGAGCUUAUGAGACAGACCAUGGAGCUGGCCAGGAACCCUGCUAUGAUGCAGGAGAUGAUGCGUAACCAGGACCGGGCGCUUAGCAACCUGGAGAGCAUCCCGGGGGGCUACAACGCCCUGCGAAGGAUGUACACAGACAUCCAGGAACCCAUGUUCAGCGCCGCACGAGACCAGUUUGGAAACAACCCUUUCUCCGCCCUGGGGGGCAACUCUGAUGGGGGGGUGCAGCCGUCGAGGACAGAGAACCGGGAACCACUGCCCAACCCAUGGGGCCCCCCCAGCUCCACCAACCCCUCUGAGGGUGGAGGGGGCACGGGCACCACAGGCUCUUCUACCACUGGCAGCACCAACCCCAGUGUCUCCAACCCUCUGGGUGUCAACUCUGCCAGUCUGGGAAAUGGCAUGUUCAGCAGUCCAGGCAUGCAGAGUCUGAUGCAGCAGAUUUCAGAGAACCCCCAGCUGAUGCAGAACAUGCUGUCUGCUCCCUACAUGCGCAGUAUGAUGCAGUCUCUGGCCCAGAACCCAGACAUGGCCUCCCAGGUGUUGAUGAAUAAUCCCCUGUUUGCUGGAAACCCCCAACUGCAGGAACAGUUCAGGAGCCAGCUGCCUGUCUUCCUGCAGCAGAUGCAGAACCCAGAGGCACUCUCUGUCAUGACCAACCCCCGAGCCAUGCAGGCUCUCCUCCAGAUACAACAGGGCCUACAGACGCUGCAGACAGAAGCACCGGGACUCAUGCCCAGUUUGGCACCGGGUGGGCUGCCAGGUGGUCUACCAGGGGGGCUAGUAGGUGGAUUACCAGGUGGAAUUCCCACAACCCCCCUGUCUGUAGGAGGGGGUGUGGCUUCAGAGAACCCUGCCUCAUCGCCGAGCGCCGGGACAAACCCUGCCCAGCAGCUGAUGAUGCAGCAGAUGCUCCAAAUGUUCGCAGGAGGGAAUGCCUCGAGCCAGACCCCAGAGGUGCAGUUCCAGCAGCAGCUGGAGCAGCUGGGUGCUAUGGGCUUCAUCAACCGAGAGGCCAACCUGCAGGCCCUCAUCGCUACAGGAGGAGAUGUCAACGCUGCCAUCGAGAGACUGCUGGGCUCUCAGCCCUCAUAAAGACACACUCGCACACACACACAGUUACGUAUAUAAGCAUACGUCGAUACAGACACACGAAUACACACUAUCCAGCUCUGGGUAGCAAGGGAUAAACACACACACAUACUGUCUACAGAGAACCAACAAGUGAAAUGAACAGUCCCAAACCGACACAGAUGAGACCCGGUCAGGAUAUGUACCAUUCUAAACAUCCACCGCAGCCGCCUGUCAGAUCAUGCCCCCCCCCCCACCCCCAUAUCCCCUGUUCUUAGCCUCAUCCACAGAGCUCUGACCAGCAGAACCAGACUGACCAGACCAUCUCCUCUCUUAAACAGAGAUGCUUUACCCUACAAGAUUCACUCAUCCAUCUUCCUCUCUAAUAAAUCUGAGGGGUUUAUUCAAUGAGAUGAGAGUUCAGAGUGUGGCAGAUUGAAAUGCAUUCACUGCAUUGCAUAGAGCUGUUAUGACACAUUUGUUUCCUGUCUAUAUGUUGCAUUUCUGUCUACAGUGAUGUGAACAAUCCACCAUUUUGACCAAACCCCUGAUGUGCAGGGGAUAUGGAGAGGGGAGGAAGAGAGAAAUACAAAAUAGUUUUGUCAAUCUCACACGGAUAUCAGGCCCCAAUCCCUUCCCCCUCUUUCCACUACUUUAACCGUCCAAAACUCUUUCUAUUUAUUGCUAGUGCUGAAAAGAAAAGAUCCACCACACUUCCCUAAAAUUGCAAAAUUGUCAUUCCAGAUAGGAUAUAUCCAUCUCCUCUCAGCCGUGAGUUGUUCCCUCAAGGCUCGACUGCUGUGCCUUCUUGUCUUCAACAAACCCCUUUAACAACAACCACUCCCAUCAAAUGGAUGGAUUUGAUCAAACCCUGGCUAGUCAAAUCAAAUGAGUCUGCCGGUGCUGGUGUAGAUUGACUUCACACAGGCGGUGCCACAUGAUUGAGAAAUGUCAUGAUAAUCGUUAAUGAAGGAAGACAGGUGUGGUUCUGAGGAAGACACCGAAAGACGAGACAGACAGAUUUCCUUUUCAUUUUAAGCUGAUUCAUUAUGUAUUUUAAUUUGAUGUGUAAGUCAUACCUACCUAUAGAUAAUCUGUUUUGUCUCAUCAUUAAACAAAACUCUUCCUGGAAAAUGUAUGAAUAAAAUAUUAUGAAAAAAGGCUUUACAUUUUUGGUAUGGUGUGGCACCAUAAGUUGUUGUAAAUUAGGUUCUUGCUUUUUGCUUUUAUUUUAGCAUUGUAGUUGUGGUAACCUUGGCAAUGGCUUCCAUAACUGUGAUUUGUCUGUUGGCCUCAGCUGAAAAUCCAUACCCAAUUCAACAUGUUUGAACUGACUUAACAGUACUGUACUACAAAAUAAAACUAAGUUGGUCAAUAAGAACCCUA